AUUCUGUAUCUAUUCUGUGGUCUGGCAGUCGACUUCAGUAAAUUUUAAGGUUAAAAGUAUUCUAAAGAUUAUCUUAUUUUUUAUAAUGUAAAAAUAAUUAGCGAUAGACAAUGAAUUAAACUGGUUUAUAAUUGGCUUUCUUUAGGUUCAAUUUACUAUUAGUUUUUCAGUGUUAUUUAGGAAAUUGAGAUCCACGAAAUACAAUAAUACAUUUUUUCGUUCAAUGUUCAUGCUGUCAGUUGUCAACAACUCUGGCAUAGUGGCAUGGUUAUUAUUAUUUCAUAAUUUUCUCAUUUAAAGAAAAAUAAUGAAACAUGUUUUGCUACUCUGAUUCAGUUUAACUCUUUUAUUGAAAAAUAUUUGAGCUCUGAUACCGGUAUCAAAAUGAGUUGCAGAAAAAAACUUACUUUUAACAAUAAAAAAAUUCUUGCUCCAAUGGUAAGGAUUGGAACUCUACCUAUGAGACUUUUAUGUUUGGAUUAUGGCUGUGAUAUUGUUUAUACUGAAGAAAUUAUUGACUAUCGAUUAAUCAGAUCUGAGAGAGUUGUAAAUGAUCUGCUUGGAACUGUUGACUUCAUCGAUAAAUCCGAUGGCUCACUUAUAUUCAGAACCUGUGAGCUGGAAAAAGACAAAGUUGUUCUACAGUUGGGAACAGCCGAUGCACAACGGGCGUUAGCUGCAGCCAAGCUAGUACUGGAUGAUGUGGCUGGAAUUGAUGUGAACAUGGGCUGCCCGAAGGAGUUCUCUGUGAAGGGUGGCAUGGGCUCUGCUCUCUUAUGUAAGCCAGAUGUAGCCGAAGAUAUAAUGCGAACACUGGUCGAAAACUUGCCAUGCACGGUUACAUGUAAGGUGAGGAUAUUCCCAGACGUCGACAGCACCCUUCAGUUUUGUCAGCGAAUGGCCGACUGUGGAAUCGACGCCAUUGCCAUUCAUGGCCGGAGAAAGGAAGAGCGGCCUCAGUGUGAGAACCAUAAUGAUUUCAUAAGGAUUAUGGCCAAGUGUCUAACAAUACCAGUCAUUGCCAAUGGUGGAUCCCUGGUGAUAGACUCAUACGAAGAUCUAGAUUCGUUCCAGCAGCAAACUGGCAGUAGUAGCGUAAUGAUCGCCAGGGCAGCUCAAUGGAAUUGCUCAAUAUUUAGGAAGAGUGGAAAGUUACCAAUUGAUGAAGUUAUAACUGCAUACCUGAAGUACUGUGUCGACUACGAUAAUCCGACAUCAAAUUGCAAAUACUGCGUACAGAACAUGUUGAGAGAAUUUCAGCACUCUCCAAAGGGAUUAGCUUUCCUUGAGUCUCAUACUUUGGAAGACAUAUGUUCGCUGUGGGAGCUAGGAGAAUACUGCAAGAUGAAACAAAGCGAGCAUCGCAAUCGUGGAGUUCUGUGUAGACGUGAAGCAAUGCCCGAAGGUGUAAAACGAAAUUUGGCAGAGGAAGGUGUAGUGGAAAUGAAAUGUGCAUUCCUCAGGCACUUGUUUCAGACAAAUGACCUGCCCAAAACGCAAUUGCUCACCUGGGCGCGGAGAAAAUUCCAGCGAACCCCUAGUUACGAAACUGAACAGUACGAUAAACGGUUCAGAUCCAUAGUCACAGUCAACAACUCUAAAUAUUCCUCGUCCUUCUGGGAAAAGAAUAAAAGAUGGUCUGAACAAGCGGCAGCUCUAGUUGCUUUGUGCUCUCUUAAUGUCAUUGAUGCUGAACCUUUGAGGCGUAAAGGAGCACUAAGAUGAAUGGAAUACCUUUUAUGAGAAGCAGAAGAUAAUAUCUUCAGAUAAUACCAAUCAGUAACAAAGUAUAUAUUAUAUCAUAAUAUUGAAAGAAAUAUUGGAAAUCUCUCUUAUAAAUGAGAAUUUCGUUGUUAUCAUUGGAAUGAUGUAUUCAUUUUUUCAAAGUAAAAAAAUUACAUUUUGUAAAUAUU